CAAUGGACAAACAUCAUGACUUGUCUAUAUGCAGAUGUUGUUCAUUAAAAUACAUACUCUUUUUCAUCAUUCUAUAACCAUCUAUCUCUUAACUCGGUGACACGACCAAUCUCUCUCUCCACUCAUCAUUGAGUGCUGAGUCAAUCUCUGGAAGAUGAACAGAAUGCCUUCUCCGAAAGAUGACAACAAAAAGCCAUCAAUAGAAUCCAUUCGACUUGCUGAGAAUAGACCGUCAUCACAAUCACAACAUGCGCAGGCGCAACAGAGUGAGAUGCAUACACUCGCUUCCCAAGAAGGAAACCAGAGAAACACUCAUAUGAUUCAAAUCGAACAACAAGAACUAGAAGAGUCAGGUAAGAAAUCCCCUUCAUCACAACGAACAAUCGACGAAAAACAUUUCGAUCACAAGUCAAGUCAAUACGAUGUAGAAGCAGCCAGCUUACCCAAAAUGGAACGCAAAGUAAAUACGACCGAAGAAGAGGAAACAAGUCAAGAUGAUGCAGAUGAAGAUAAAGAAUUGAAUGAUAAUCCUAAACAAAGAAUGCACGUAAGCAUGUUUAGUAAUCGAGAUGACAAGAACCAGCCACCCUCAAAACAACCCGGCUUCGAUGAUUUAUUCUUCGAUCUUUUACUAACGGCUUGUUUGUCCGUUUACGGUAAUAAUGCAGACCUGGCCUCAGCUUCCAAAAUCGGUGUGUUCAUUGGAUACUUCUCUUUACUCUGGUGGUCAUGGUGGUCGCAAACUUUGUUCGAUGUUCGUUUCAGAGGAAGGGAUCGAUUUGGUUUUUAUAUGCAAUGCGGUCAACGUAUAGUCCGAAGUACCUGUUUAGGUGUUUGGGUAGCCUUUGCCACUGUUUCAUCCGAAUUUGCCCGUGGAGGUUAUACGAACUUUACCACAAUUUACGUUUGUUCAAGAGGAACUUUGAUUGCCGAUUAUUUGCUUGUGAUCGCUCGCACUUACAUUCAUAAGACUAAAUUUUGGGAUGAUGAUAUACCUUUUGCCGUCGAAAGACGUGAACGAUCGCACAUUUCUGAAAGACAAUGUCAUUUGAUCAUCAUCGGUGGAACGCUCAUCUCUAUGGCUCUUUGGAUCGCAAGCCCAUACGUUGUCGAUAAUAAUCAUACACUGCCACCUGCAGUGAUUGGAAUGUGGAUCGCUGGUAUUGCAGUUGAAAUGGUUGCAGAGAUGAUUGUCGAAAUAUUUGGAUCUCUUCGCUCUAUAUCUGCAACUCCGAUUGUUGAACGUUUGGCAUUGUUCUCACUUAUGGUCUUCGGUAAUGGUUUCGAGAAUAUUGGUCAAGCACUCAAUCAAAUCAGUCCAGGCAGUCGUGAUUUCAACAGAGGAGGCUUGCCUGUUGGAGGAUGGUCUACUCUCACGGUAUUAAAUGCUGCUGCAAGUGUGAUAAUUGUGACUCUGCUUUUCUUUGGCUAUUUUUCAAGAGCUAUAAAGGAAUUUGUUGCACAUCCUGCGCGGAUAAUGACGUGGUGCUAUGCUCACAUCGUUUUGCACAUCGCUUCUGCAGUUUUGAUGAUCGGAUUGGGAAAAGUAAUUCUCUAUGUCAACACUCUUAGUGGACUUGUACGAUUUGGACAAAAUGCUUCAAUUUACUUGCCCGAUGAUGAAGGAUGGCUAAACUAUCUCAAUUCCACAGGACCGGAUGAAACUCUCAAUAAUGGCACUAUUCCAGCUUUGGAUGAUAUACAAAACUAUUAUGCACGUUCGAUUAUAGCAAUCUUUGCUACGAUCACAUCUUUGCAGGGAGCAAUCAUUCCGGAUGUAGAUUUGGCAAAUGCUUUGGCAAAUUCUACAGAACCUUUCAAGAAUGUUCAAUUACCACCUGCUGCCAGUACUGCUAUUGGAAAUUAUGCAAACGUGAUCACUGGAAUGCAACAGACCGACAGUUUAGAUCAAUAUCUUUCACAAAACGCAUAUAACUUUUAUUAUGUUUAUCUUUGUCCGGCGGUUUAUAUGUUUGGCGAUAUUGCACUUAAAUUACUUCAACAUUCUGCAAACGGAUGGCGAUCGAUUGAAAGGCCGAUAAUAAUAAGUCAAUCGAUUAGAUUGUUUUUUGGCGUUGCUCUUGUCUUAGUGCAAAUUGGAUAUUUGAUUGAGUUAGGUCAUGCUGAUCCAGAGACGUUGGCGGUUGAAUGUUGUUUGAUCAUUCUUGCUUGUAUUAUGAUGCUAGAAUCUUUCUUACAGAUCAUUUUGCUAUUUAUGCCCACUUUUCAUAAAAUAUAUAGAAGACAUAUACUGAGAAAACGAAGAGGAUCGCUUUCUCUCUCUGUCUAAUUCAUAUCUUUGUACAAAAUGAAUUGCUAUAUGAAUACGGGUGUUGUAUU